CCAUAUCACCGCCACCGCGUCGAAACAAUGGGCGAUGCGCGCGCUCUCGAAGAAGAUUGUCUCGUGUCGUGGUCGUGUCGUGUAUAAUACGAAACGCACGUUUGCCUGAUACGUGGCUCGUGUUUCGGCAGCAACCUGUUAUCUCGUACGUGUGCUUUCUGUAAUAAUCGUUUCCGGGAAUUCGGUUGACGACGCCGUCGCCACCGUCGUGGAAAGGCUUGCCCUGUUCUAUCGUCGUUAUUGGCGACGGCUGGUGCGCGAGGAUGCACGUUCAAAACAAACCCCCGUCGGUGAACCGGGGUCGAUAAUUUCCAUCGCGUUAUCACCGCGAGACGAGGCGUUGUCGCGAUGCUCGCCGUCUGCGAUUAUCUCGAAGGGCAGUUUCGUCUUUAUACCGUGACCUAUGAGAUAUUCGGACAAACAGACCAGAUAAUAGCAGCACUGUGCUUGAACGUGUUGUGGUCUUAGGAGUCUUCGGCCGACGGCUCCUAUGCAUUUAUCAUACCGUUUCUUUGGAACCACGGUUUCGUCCUGAAAUCGAUCCCUGGUCAUUCCGUUAACGUUAUAUUAACCGAAUGUAUCCGACGAGGGUAUCGAAGAAUCACGAGUAUGGCGGGUAUGGAGACGAACCACGACGUAAAAGAGAAGACAAUAAUAAACCAAACCACGUUCUCCUCUUUACAAUUAUCAACCCGGUCUACCCCAUCACUGUGGAAGUGUUGCACGCGAUCAGCGCACCCAGCGGGCAAGUUCAACGCAUCGUUAUUUUCAAGAAGAACGGCGUUCAAGCAAUGGUGGAGUUCGACACGGUGGAAUCGGCAACAAGAGCAAAGGAGACGCUUCACGGAGCAGACAUAUACUCCGGUUGCUGCACGCUGAAGAUCGACUUCGCCAAGCCCACCAAAUUGAACGUAUACAAAAACGACGCGGAAAGCUGGGACUACACAACACCGACACUGGGAUCGAGCGCACACAAAAACGACGCGACAGGAAAUGGAAGGCCGGCUCCCCUUUUGGCGGAACCCAGAUACGGCGCCGCGCCCCAACCAUACGGAUCCACGCCACAGGUAACUUUCCCCCCGGGUGCUGGUCAUGAUCGUUACGAGGAGAAUUUCAAUGGACCAGCAACGUAUCCGGAGCCCUAUGUUGAGCGUUACGGUAUUAAGAGUGAUUUUAGCGGUCGGGAACCUCUACAUCCUACGCCACCUCGGCCCGGUUACGUGCCCACCUUGGGACAGACGCCGCCAUCCAGCACUCAAGGUUCCGUCAUGAUGGUUUACGGACUUCAGCCGGAUAAAGUCAACACGGACAAGCUAUUCAACUUGUUCUGCCUCUACGGAAAUGUAACGAAGGUGAAGUUCUUGAAGACGAAAGAAGGUUGCGCCAUGAUCCAGAUGGGCGACAACAUAGCAGUGGAACGUUGUUUACAGAAUCUAAACAACGUGACGAUCGGUACAGAUGGAAGGCUGCAGCUUGGCUUCUCGAAGCAGGCUUUUCUUUCAGACGUCACUAACCCCUACAUUUUGCCUGACAAGACAGCGAGCUUCAAAGAUUUCACAGGAAGCAAGAAUAACAGGUUCCUAAAUCCAGCAAUGGCCAAUAAGAAUAGAAUACAACCACCGUCGAAGAUAGUCCAUUUUUUCAACACACCCCCAGAUUUAACCGAGGAAACCGUGCAUCGUGUGUUCGUCGAACGCGGUAUCGAGGCUCCAACGACAGUAAAACUGUUCCCCCUUAAAUCGGAACGAUCGUCGUCCGGCCUUAUCGAGUUCAGCAGCGUAGGAAUCGCGGUAGCUGCCAUCAUGGAAUGCAAUCACACAGCGCUAGAAAACAGCAAUGGCAAAUUCCCAUACAUCAUGAAACUGUGCUUCUCGUCGUCGCGCACCAUACCAACGAGUUUCCCGCCGAGCAGCGGCAGCACGUCGAGCAAUUCCGCCGGUAAUGGCCACGUCAAAAUGCAGCAGGACUCGGAAUAGAACGGCGAGGUCCAGGGCCAGCAGCGUCAACGUCAGCGCCAGCGUCCCUCUCUCGCCCUGCACCCGUUGUGUGCCCCGACGGGCACGGCCCUGCACCCAGCCGCAGCGAUUACACUAUCCCCGGUUUUACCGCCGCCCGUGCCGCCUCCCUUGCCGCCCACCUGCGUCCUGAUCGCCACCCCGACUCUAUAUCCUACCGUGCCACCGCCGCCACCGCCUCCGUUACCUACGUUCUGGCCGUACGGAUGAGAGAAGCAGCGGGCCUACUCGCCGGACGAGGUAGCAAUACGAGACAACAACCACGAUAACGAAACCUCGUUCACCUAUAAAUUCUUCUCAUGCGCUGCUGCUACUACAAUUCUUCUUCUCCUACUCGUCGCGUGGUGACCACCUGGCAAAGAUCAGACGCUGGUCACUGGAAGAAUCGGUUCCGUUCGAGGGUCAGCGAGACGGAACUCGGCCUCGAGAAUCGAGGAGAACAAAUUAAGAUAAUCUGGCUCGAAAAGGUUUCUCGCUGGAAAAGAUGAUCGCGGCGUCGGCGAGAUCAUCGUCGUCGACAGGGUGGAGCGUGGCACGAGUGGGCUGCACGAAAGUCAUCGAGGAUCGUCCGCAUAACUGGAUAAAUGGAAAUGUCGAGAAAGGCGAAACAUCGAGAGGCAGCGAUGUUCAUCUUUCUUUUGCCUGUUGCUUUCUGCCCCUCUCGAUCAAUUUACACACUAUGCUCUGUAUAAUCUUUACACCUUUUUCUUUGUUCGUUUUCUUUAUAGUUUCCUUUUGUUUCUUUUCUCUAUGCACUUUAUUUCGAUUCCACUCUAUUCUUCUUUCGUUUCUUCUUUCCUCCUUGCGUUGCUUUGGCGAGGUCCGGGUAUACGUGCUUAGUCCGUAGCGCGGAGAUCCCGAACGGUGUUUGCGCACCGAUUCUCCACGGUGUGCUACCAGUGUGUGUGUGUGUGUCAGUAUUAAUUCGAGACGAAUCCUCUCGUCGUUGAAAUUCAUUGAUAAACUGAACGAAGCAAAGGAAUAUGAUUUUUCCUUUUUUGGGACAAAGGAAACAAUUGGAAAAAUACGGCAGAGGAUUCGAUUCGUCGCUUUCGCGGAAGCUUCUUUCCUUCUGUUAGACGCUAGGAUCGCGAAGGAUUGAACUUGUAUAUAUAGAGAGAAUGAGCAAGACCCUGCGUCUAAUAGGAGUAUGCCAUGGUGGCCACGGAUUACAUAUCAUGGGCUGGGGAAGCAAGACCAAUAAGUUUCGUGGGCAACUGUCGAGAAAUUGUCGUGUACUCGCGACUAUUACUCGUUAUCGUUGUUCGAAGAGACAUUCGAAACAAAAUAAAAAAAAAAAGAAGAAAAGAUUUGAAAAAAUUGACAAAAAAGAAGUGAAAAAUCGACAGUUUCACGCGAAACAGACAGACCAUUAACACAACAGUCGCUUCUACGUUGAUCCAGCGUGUAUGACGUUUCACGUCAUUCGUUUCACGUUAUUCGUUUUCGUAGCGCGUGUGCCGUUCUGAAAAAAGGAAACAGAAUUUGUGGCACAUGGACGAGCUACUACAAUAUAUCAGUUUUACGUGCAGAUUUUAACCGGAAUAAAUAAGAAAAAGAAAAAUGAAACGAAAGAAGCAAGCGUAACGAAAAAGACACCUCCACGAUCUCGAAGCCGAGUGCACCGUGUUCCUCGUUGACCAUUUCUCAUGGGAUCCAAUAAAUCGGAGGUUCCUCAUUGACCAUUAGAAACUACACACAGGAUACUGUUAUCUGAGAGUGUUCAGAGGAUCUGGAUCGAUCGUUCAUACGAGUAGGUCCGCCUAGGGGAAUGAAAAAACCUGACACUACUCCGUCACGACGAACGAGACAAACAAACAGAUAUAAAUAAUAAUAAAACAGUUGCAUUCGACUCGCGAGAAUCUUUUGCUAUACAGCAAAGAACGAGAGGAAGAAAAAGAAAAAAAAGUUAUGCAACUAAAUAACUGGAUAAGAAACGGGAAAGUCUCGCUAUUCUCCGAUUACUGAUAGCUCUGUCUGUCGUUGUUUUAUAUACUCUGUACGUGUAUAUAUCUAUAUUAUAUAUUGAUAUCUAUACAUGCGCUUCGAACGAAUAUCUAUUUAUGUUUUCACAUUGUUCAGAUUUUAUUUACAACGCUUGGAAUUGUGCUCGAAUAGAGAGGGAGAGGAAAAAGAGGAAGAAAGAAGAGAAAAAAACGAAGUUCGGUGAAAAAGCGUUUGCUUUUCGCGCGCAGAAUCUCGGAUUCUUCGGUCUCGCGAUAUCCGGUUGCAUGUAUUGCCGGAGAUCGGUCGGAAAAUAGGGUGGAAAAAAUGAAAAGAAAAAAGAAAAACAUGGAAAGAUGGAUGCUCGCGGUUCGUCUCGAAUGCGGGUCGCUUCUUCUUUUCGUGUCGCACGAGGAAGCUUCUCGCGAGUCUCGGUUUUUGGAGGAGGAAAACGAUUAAAGGAAAAAUGGAAGUAAAAGAUGGGGGGAGGGGGGGAAAGGAUGGAAAGAAAGACGUUCGUAUUUAUCGAUCGGAAGAAUGGGAAAUCGUUGAUGUCUCCUGCUUCCUCGACGAUACGCGAGAUAAGGAUGGAAUUGCAGAGGAGAAAAGAACGAGAAACCGAAAGUCCGCCCGAGCUGUAGUGUUCAGGUUGCGACGUCGACUCGAUACCAGUGCACUGCUAUAGAAAGAGGAAAAUGUUAAAAGAAAGCAGAAAAAAAAAAAAUACAAAGCUAGGAAGAGAAAGAGAGGAAAGCCAAACGAACGAAGGUUAUAUUCUCUUCAAACGCUCGUACACUAUUGAUCAGAUCGCGGACUGUGAAUUGAAUUUUAUAUGAAUACAAUGAAGUCGACGACACACAAUAUAUAUUAGUGGUCCCACGGCAAUAUUUUGUCGGGCCGGGGGGCGUUUUUAUAAGAAAGGUUUUAGAUCUCCGAUUUAAGAAAUAAAACAAAAAAAAGUGCAUAAAAAAAAUGCGAAAAAAAGCGUAAGGUUAAAGCAAAAUAAUAAUAAUAAUAAUAAUACAAGUACAUAUAAAGGUAAUAAGUUGUGUUUUUUUCGAAGUGAACCAAAUGAUUACUCUAAAUAAAUGUAAAAAAAUAAAAAAAUAAAAAACAAAAAAUGAUGAUAGAGACUUGACUCGGCCAUACGUAACGUAAGAUAAUAAGAAAUAAAACAAAAUACAAACAAACAAGUGGGGGAAGAAAAAGGGCUAAACGCGUUGGUUUACCCCUCUUUUUAAAAGGAUGCGUGGGAGAGAGCGAGAGAGAGAGAGAGAGAGAAAGAAAGAAGAUAGCCGCCGUUUUUGUCCAUUGAUCGCGAGAGAGAGACCUAACUUACGCAAACAAAAAAAGAAAAAAAAAAGAAAAUAUAUAAUAACGAGAAUUAUAAACUUAAAUAAGGGAAUUAAGGAAAAAAAAGGUGUUUAUAUUCGAGGCAAUAUUUGUUACAAUACAACUAGAGGAUAAGUUGUACAUCGUUUUAAGAGGCUCAUUACACAAAAGCGAGGAUCGAGACUAUUGAGUGUCGAGAAAAAACGAGAAGAAGAAUGCAAGGCAAGGAUUAUGAUAAAGCAAAUUUAGAGAAAUUAUGGAGAAGGUUAAACGAGAGUUUCUCAUUUGGAAAAAUGGAAAAGAUUGUUUAUCAAUCGUAGAGUGAUACGUAUAGGUGUAUAUCGACGCAAGUGAGAGAGAGAGAGAGAGAGAGAGAAAAUGUGCGUGUGCGUGAGGGAGAGAAAGAGAGAGAGAGAGAUAGUGAGAGUGAAAGAGAGAAAGAGAUAAAAAGAGAGUGACAAAGGUACUAAACUAAAAAAUGACGAAAAACGAGAUGAGAAAACAAAGAACAAUUUAAGCAAACUAACAAAGAAGAUGCACUAUAAUUAAAACGAUGUGCUCGAUGAUCGUUGCGUUGACGACAGUGAUCGUUCGUUUAUUGUUUUUCGAUUCCUGUUCACGAUAAAUGUUAUAUUCUGUUUCACGAUUUGCAGAUAUUAUAUUUCUUUCUCUUCCGUCUUGUUUUUUAAGCGACCACGUGUCGAAGGACCGUAAAGUUGUUUUUACAUCACAUUAUCGUACUUUUUACUAUGAAUUAUAGUAAAAUCGUUAUUUUUAUUGCUACUAUUAGUAUUAUUACGAAUAAUAAUAGAAACAGUAAUAAUACUAACGAUUUUACUAUAAUUCUCUCUCUCUCUCCUCUUCGUCUCUCUUUCUAUUGUGUAAUUAUAUAUACAUAUAGGAUUACAAAGAAAUUAGGUUUUAUGGUAGAGAGUAAACAGUCGUAUCGCUAUUUUAUCCGACGAUGAAAAAUAUUUGGGAAUUUUUGUUUUAAAAUAGAGAGCAGGACCUAACGCGUAAGGUAAAGAGGAGAAAGGAAAAAAGAAAUAGAUUUAAGAAUUUAGGACUUGUAAUCAUAUCAUAACAUUUUGUAGAUAUAUGUAUAUAUAUUAUACACACAACAUACGCAAACACACGCAUAUAUAUAUAAUACAUAUAUACAUAUUAAAUGUGAUUUGCGGAGAAUGGCAUAUUUAAAUCAAGAGUGUAUCGUUUCAUAAAUUCGUAUGCCGAUAUGUGACAAACUAUUAGAAAAAUUUGUGUCGUUAGAUCGAACGUAAGAUCCGAUUUUAUUUUCUCUUUGUUCGAUAAGAAAAACUGAAGAGUAAUUCUUCAAGUAUGAAUCUAUAUGCAAAAUCAUUAUUCGACUUUCUUAAUCUCUCUCUUAAUUUUUCUACCUCCUCCUUUCUUCACAUUUUUUUAAAUAUCAAUAACAUUUGUUCGUUUUCUCAAACUUCGGUCGCGCGAUACGUUAUCCUCUCACGAUAUAGAAAGUUAUUAAAAGCUUUCAAACGAACCGAGUUACACGAGAAACGCUUUGAGAAGGAACAAAUAAAAUAAAGCGAAACAUAAAGUACCGGAUGCACCUUCGCUUUUAAGGAAUUGCGUGUUAGACACGUCGUCUCGUUUCGACGAAAAAGAAUAAUAGCUCGGCCGAACGAUACCCUCCUGAUGCGAAUUCCACUCCGGUGUGAUGUACUUUAGGUACACAGUUUUGCGAGAGUGAAAACCCAUUAAGACAGAUGAAAAAAUGGUUGAAUCUAAGGAGCAAAAAAAGAAAAAAACCAGUACAUAAGUAAAAUAUAAAAAAGCGUAUUGUAUUUGAGAGGUCAAGCACGCAUGCCAGACUGUCGCUUAUUUUCUGACACUUUACCUGUACAUGAUGAGCGUGUGUGGUAAAGUAAAUUUUACGCUAGUAUACAUGUUUAACAACGAACACUUGAUAAAAAAAAAAAAAAAUGGGAAAAAACGAAAAAAAAAAAACAAUGAAAGAAACCACACAUUUUCCCCGUGCUGUGUAUUUCUAUGUGCAACACUGGACAAAAGCAAAGAACUAAGCAAGCAACAAUCUUUCAGAGUAAUAUUCCGUCGUGAUGUCUCCCUAUAUAUUUUUUUUUUUCGUUUUGUUUUCUGUUCUUCUCUUCAUACGUUUCGCGACGAACGGAAAAUUCACUCUGCUAUCAAUUACUACUACUACUACUAUUAUUAUUAUCAUUAGCACUUUACAUUUAGCUCUUCCCACCGUCGUGCGUUAUAUUCUUCAUCGAUUAGACCGAAUGGCUGCUAAAUUGUACCUCGUAGGAACGCGUGUGCACCUAAUUCUAGACACGACGACGAUCCUCCGGUUAUACGAUCGUGAGCCGGGCAUCCGUGUAAAAAACUUUAAUACAGAAUGGCCGUGUAUAGCAGCGUGUAUCGGAGCGUGCGUGCUUUAGAAAGCGGAUACAGGUACACGCGGAGAAUCCUCCGUAAAACCUAAACAAAGCUAAAAAAUCGCGACCGCUAUCUCGUUCGAAGCGUGUUAGGUGGUGAAACAACAGUUUGUAAAGCGGUAGUUGCUUGUCUGUUGGAAGACGUUGCGCCUAGAUCGACCGACGGCGGAAGGGUUAAAUUUAAAGACACACACAGAGUUCUGAACGAUCGCUGUGCUGUUCCAUCGGAGGACGACGAGCUUCCACGAGCGAAGGAUUUUUCCCAGUCCUUGGUUCUUUUCUUCGAUCUUUCUCUUCGGAGGCUCGACGAAAAAUAUAAAAGACGCGCCGCGGUCGCGUUCCGGACGACGAGGCAAUUGCGCAGAACGCGCCGUGAAACGUUAGCGAUCGUAUUCUUUCGGCUCGGCUUGUACAUAGCUUCUUAAUAACUUCGCUCUGUCUGUGAACGCUUGCUCGUGUGACAAAAAUGAAACAGAAAAAGAAAAAACACGUAGCACGCAGCAAUUUGCCGUUAAAAUGAUAUCGUCUCGUUUCUUCGAAUGAGUGAACACGGAAAUGACAAAAGUGUACAAAAAUGGAGAGAAAGCGCGCGUCGUCCGGAAUCCAGGUCGUGUGUGUAUAUUAUAAAUAUAAGAGAAAUAUAUAUAUAUAUACAUAUACAUAUAUAUAUAUAUAUAUCUGUGUGUGUGCGUGCGUACAUGUGUGUGUUCGUCCUCCGACGAUAAAUAUUCCCGUUGGAACAGAGAGAGAUUCUUCUGUAUGUACAAAAAAAUCAAAUUAUAAUUGUAGCGUGUAGAGAGUCUGUAACGAUACAGUAUUUCAGAUAGCGUCUAAAUAGCACUGUGUAAAACAUACACACAAAUACACACAUACACACACCGACGAUAAGAGAUAAAGCAAAAUUAAAAUAUACACUCGAAAGUUUAGAGAAAAAAAAGGAAGAAAAAAAAAUUGAAAAAAAGAACAAUACGAAAUUUACGAGGUUGUAAAGCGAGAGAGAGAGAGAGAGAGAGAGGGAGAGAGCGAGAGUAAAGUCAUGUGUGUCGAUGAUUAAUUAUCGACAGAGGGAGAGAGAGAGAGAAAGAGAGAGAGAGUGUGCGAGUGUGAGAAAAAAUAAGAGAUGAAAGAAGGAUAGAAAGAAAAAGAUAAACACGUUCGGUUUUGAGUCUUAAAACACGAAAAUACAUAUCCCAUCUGUAUGUAUAUAUUUGCAGUUCGCGUAAGAAUUUCAAUUAUAUAUCGACGAUUGAGUGUGUAAUUAUGAUUGAUUAGUAUUAUCGCGACGACGACGACGACGACGAUGAUGAUUACGAUGAUGAUGGUGAUGACGACGAUGAUUAUUACUAUUAUUAUUAUUAUUAUUAUUAAUUAUUAUUAUUAAUUAUUAUUAUAAUUAAUUAAUUAUUAUUUAUAGUUCCAAUUUUGUGAAAAUUGGAACGAAUUAAGUAAUGUUACGACGAUCGAUAUUGCGUUUAAAAGCGUUAGGUUUAAUGUUUGUAGUUAGGUAAUGUUAGGUAGAUUGGAGAGUAGGUACAUAUCGUUAAUAUUGUUAUUGAUUAAUAGUAUUGCGAAAAAAGGUAUUACUGCCGGGUGCGCUUUGAUUUCUUUUGUUCGCAAGAAGGCUCGUUGCUCUCGUUCGUUGCGAUAUCCGAGCGACGCGGCCACGCGAGAUCCUUUCGAUCAUUUUACUGUUUUCAAAUAUUAAUGUUGCAUCGCUGAUCGAAAACGAAAGCGAAGGGGCAAAAAGAAAAAUGACACUCGUCCGUAUUUGCGACCACGACAGAAAUGAAAAAGAAUAAAAGAAUAAAGGAACAAGAGAAAGAACAAGUACCUGUGCUAACGUCGAUAUCUCGAAUAAGUCUCGAAACGGUCGCUCCGAUCUCGCGACUUACCACGUUUCAAGUAAUUAUAUUUUUAUGCAAUUAAUCGGAUGCAUUGAUGCCUGCAAGUACUCGAAGCGUGCCUGAGAAGAAUUCCAAUAGCAAGAAAAAAACACGAGUAUGAUGUUCCCUAAACGUUUCCCUCUCUGUAUCUUUUUUUUCUUUCUUUAUUUCUUACGAUAUCCAGUGUUUGUUUAAGCCGCUGUAAACAACGUUUGAAACAUCGUUGCCCGAGGUUUCUUUCCGGAUAUACUCGAUGGAAGCAGCUUCGAGUGCCAUAAAGCAUCAAGCAAUCGCGCGUUCUUUCUCGCUGCAACACCGGAAACCGCUCUGGGCCAAACAAAAUAAACCAAAGCGCAGUAACCUUUUUAGCGAUCCCUCCUUCCCCUCUAAGUAUUACCAAGUAACAUAUACCUGCCCCACAUAUCAAAAUCUUACGUAUCCCAAAAGCACUACCAUACGCCAUAUCAAUGUUUCGAAACGUUUAACCCUCGAAACGUGUCCUUUUCAACAAUGAUACGCGUUUCUUUCCCCCUCAUCCCUUGUCCCUUUUUGUCUCUAUUUCGGCGUCUCGUUUAUACACGCUGUGAAAAUUUUAGGCUAUACAUACCAAAUUUAUCCCUUUUCUCCCUUUGAAAAGAAAGAUCAAAGGAAAAAAAAUCAUUCCCUCCCCUCUCCUAUCCCUCUUCAUCGUUCCUUUUCAUUUCCUCCUCCCAAACUGAAGAAAAAAAAAGAACAUAAUCCACCUCGUUAUUGUACAUCUGAGCCAAGAAGGGUCUCUAUGCUCUGUCUUCCCAUCGCUGCGUCAAAAGACAAACUAGAUUGUAAUAAGAAUUUGUUGACACUGUAUACAUUAUUAUACAUUGAUUGUACACGCAUCAGCAACAUCACACACUCGAAAUACUCGACAUCGGUACACGUAUUAUACAUUCACCAAACACUCACCAUCGCACGUCAUUCAACAUACACCAAGACCAACACGACAACCAGGCACUGCGUCAAGAUAGCCGAAGAUGGAUAGGUAAUGCUAUUCUUCGUUGAACGAGGUUUCGUUUCGCCACGCGGAGACACCCGUGGAUCGUCACGAUUUCGGGAUCGAUACGGAGGGAAAAUAUGGCGCCAUGUUCCUCAAGGUUGACGAUCUUCGAGUGUACAGAUCAGAAUAUUUUAAGUUUAAUUUCCUGAUUAAUUUGAUCGAUUAAUUAUCAAUUUUGCAACUUUCCAGGGAAAAUUUUAGCGUCAACGUGUUUGAAUUUUAAGUUAUUUAGAAACGUGAUUUCUAAAUCUAGUGUACGUUGAAAUUUUAACGUUGUUGAAAGCUUUUAGUGAUCGACUUUCUUUCAUAUAUAUAAUUUCCAACUUUUAUCAAUGUUAAAAGAAAUCGCGAAACGAGAAAAUGUCGAAAAAUCGCAACUACGGUGAUCUACAGUGGUUGUAAAACGACCUUGUUUUAUAAGUCUCGAUACCCGGGAUACGAGCAUUAACCAUCCAUAAUUAGUCUGUGAUGUCGCAGCGCACGUUCAUUCGAGACAUUAGAAAAUUAAGAAAGAUAAACAUCAGAUACGACACGUAGAAGCGAUCGUAGAUAUUCAAACACACAUCGAACGAAGAGGUGACACAUUCACACAACGGCGAAGAGACAGGAGACACAGACAGACAGACACACACUCCAAUAUAUGAUUACUCUUUAAACGAAAACAAAAGGAUAAAAAAAAAUAAUAAUAAUAAUUAAUGAUGUAAUGUGUAUAUUAAUACUUGUAUGUCGUACGCUCUAAUGUUGUUUGAAGAGUUAUUUGCGAGUCAAUUAUCUGUGCCUAGCAGCCCUGUGCACCUUAUCAAAUGUACCACCGUUCAGAUGAAAAAUUAAAAAUAAUAAUGGGAAAAAAAGUAAAGAAAGAUGCUGAUUGAACCAAAAAAAUAAAA